AUGAAGUUACAUUGGUUCCUAUUCUCAGCUAUUUAUCUAUUUGGCCUUUGUAAACCAACUCAAGGUUUAUUUGAUGGUCUAUCUCUUCAAGAUUAUAUUGAUAAUUUCGUUGAUGCUGCUAAAUUUAAAUUAAAUGGUAUGUUAAGUCUUAAUGAUUCAACUGUUAGUCGUAUAUGGUCUUAUUUUAAAUCAAAAUAUGGUCGUGCUUAUGCAUCAUUUGAUGAAGAAAAGCAACGUUUUCGUAUAUUUCAAGAUCAUCUUAAAUAUGUUCUUGAAUCAAAUCUAGAAAAAUUACGAACAUUUCAAUUAGAAUUAAAUGAAUUUGCUGAUUGGACAAUAGAAGAAUUUAAUGCAUUAAAAAAGGGUCUUAUUCCAUCAACUAAUUUACGACGACAUGUUUUUUAUGAUGAUAGUAAUGAUGAAGAUUCAGUUCGUCGUAGUUUAAAUAAACUUUAUCAACAUCAUAAUUAUUUACAACGAUUAAAACGAAGUAUGAUUUAUCGAAAACAUAAUGAAAAAUAUAAUAACAGACGUGGAUUUACUGAUUGGCUUUGGAAUUUAAUCACUCCUGAUACAAAUAAUAAUAAUAAUGUUAGUCCUCAAUCAACUAGUUCAUUUGAUUGGCGUAAUAAAAAUGUUGUUGGUAGUGUUAAAGAUCAACUUAAAUGUGGAUGUUGUUAUGCAUUUGCUACUGCAUCCGUAUUAGAAUCACUUUAUGCUAUAAAAACAAAUUCAAAAAAUGUUAUUGAAUUAAGUCCACAACAAAUAACUGAUUGUUCAAGUAAUGGUAAUAUAGGUUGUGAUGGUGGAAAUUUUCCACCAAGUAUUCGUUAUAUAUUAGGACAAGGUAGUAAAUUAGCUACACUUGCAUCUUAUCCAUAUGCAGGAAAAAAACAAACAUGUAAAACAAGUGGAAUUAAUGAAGUAAAUCUUGGUAAUAUUCAAUACGGAGCGAUUCCAGAAGGUAAUGAAAAAACGAUGGCUGCAGCACUCGUUAAUUAUGGACCUUUAUUUAUUGGUCUUGAUGCAGAUUCAAAAUUAUUUAUGUUUUAUAAAUCUGGUGUACUUAAUAUAAAUAAUUGUCCAACUCGUCGACAAGAUAUGGAUCAUGCUAUGGUUGUUGUUGGCUAUGGUUAUGAUAGUGCACUUCAAAUGCCUUAUUGGAUAAUAAAAAACUCUUGGGCACAAAAAUGGGGUGAAAAUGGCUAUCUUCGUUUAGCAAAAGAUAAAGGAAAUAUGUGUGGUAUUGCUUCAAUGGCUUAUUAUGCAAAAUUAACUUAA